AUGGGGCAAAAAUCGUGCAACUACUGUUUGAUUCGUUUUUUUCAGUCGAUCCCAGUUGUCUUUAUUGUACUUUUGACGUUGUGGUCCUACUAUGCCUAUGUUAUCGUGUUCUGUAUACAAUAUACCUAUACAACGAUUGAAAAAGGUAUACCUCGCUUUUUAGUGAUGUUCCUUCUCUUCUAUCACUUUCUGUUUAUACUAUUUCUAUGGUCGUUUCUGAAGGCGAUAUUUGCUAGGCCCAUACGCCCUCCUCCCGAGUUUAAUCUCUCAGCCGCUGACUGGGACCAAAUAAAUGGCGCUAUGGAAGAAACUGGCAGAAAUAGGAUUUUGGAAUCCAUAGUUAUGAAUCGAGGUUUACCAAUAGAGACUACAAACGAUGUUGGCAUGAUACGCGUAUGUCCCACCUGCAGUCUAAUCAAACCGGAUCGGUGCCAUCAUUGCUCAACAUGUGAAUGGAUUGACAACUGCGUCGGUUUCCACAAUUACAAGUAUUUUGUGAUAUUUCUAAUUUGGGGAUUCCUCUACUGCCUCUACAUUGUCUGCACCACUGUGGUAUACUUCAUCGAUUUUUGGGGGAAUCUUCAAACCAUGCCUCCUGUGCGCUACAAUUUCCUCUUCCUCUUCUUCAUCGCCAUCAUGUUUGGAUUUGCACAGUCGAUACUUCUCUUCUAUCAUUUCUACCUUCUCUCUCUCAAUCGAACAACGCUAGAGGGCUUUCGUGCACCAACAUUUCGUGGAACAGGAGUGGAUAAACGAGGAUUUGAUAUUGGAUGGCUUCAAAACUGGAAGGAAGUAUUUGGUGAUAACGUGGGCCUUGCUCUGGUGCCUGUGUUUACAAGCCGCGGCAACGGUUACCAAUGGAGGUGCAGAGGACACAAAAGCUUUUCCUACCAGUCUCUCGAGUGA